ACUGCAGACGAUUUUCACGCGUAGCACGAUCUACCUCGCAGUCUUCUAGCCGAGGAAAGUUCUCGUCUGAAGGAAUUCAAAUGAAGAAACUGGGGAUAAUCAUCGCGAUGACGGUGGUUGUCAGCGCGUACAAGGAUGAAAGGAGGACCCUGUCACCUUUAGAGGACUUCCCGCCUUACCAAGGAACUAGGCAACACCCACCUUUCCACGAGCAACAUCAGCCAUUCCGGGAGCAAUCGCUCAAGACGCAACCGUAUCAAUCCUACAGGCAACGACACUAUCGUCAGGAGACUUCGUCGUAUCCUGAACGACUGUCCUACAGGGAUCAGCCGUUCCUGAGAGAUUAUUCGUCAUCGAAAAGUCGACCGUUCUACGGGGACAGCUCGUCCUAUCGAGACGGGCCAGACUUAAAGGGACAGGCUUCGUUCUUCAUAGACGGAACGUCGUUCAGAGACCACCGGUACAGGGAUCGAGACACAGUCAUCAGGAACGAGCAGUCCUUCCAUGACCAGGCACUGAACGAGCAGUAUUCUUACCAACCCCAACCCUUUGGCGAUGAUUUUCGGUACUCAGACUCGUACGACAAGCUGACCAACUCUUACAAAGAUCAAAAGUAUAGUCAACCGGAGUCCUUUGGUAGGGAUCAAGAGUAUUUGAAGCACGGAAACCAUGGUCUCGGUUACGUUUCCAUGCCACCGGUUUCACCCUACGAGAACGCUCUACCAUUGAACGAGGAAUCGUCUACUACGACGACAACACCGACGUCGGCGUCGCCAACCGCUCAACCCUUGCAAGAGUCUACUGUCUCAAACUCAACCACCGCUGAGGCUAUCACCCGACUUCAUACGUCUGCGACUUCCCAGCCGAAAAUGGCUUUACCGGUGACAAUGCCAAGCGUGAAAUCCGAUACGUUGGCUGAUUCCGGUGCUACUACCAACCCUCCCACGCCGACAGUUUCCACGGUACCAGCCGCAUCGGUCACCUCGAAGCAAUCUACGAACCUGGCUCAUCCACCGACAGUUUUGCCCACGAUGGCCAGCUUGCCUGUCAUGACCACGGAAUCGCCGUUGAUAUCCUUCGGAAGACAGCCGAUGACUCCUGUCGAGUUCCCACCGUCAAGGUUCACCCCGGCUGCGUCUUAUUACGUCCCCAACGGCCUGAAGAACAAGUUCCAGCAGUCUUUGCUCAGCUAUCUGCUGUCGCAGCAGGCGAAAGCUUCUGUCAAAAACAACGACCAGAAUUCGGUGCUGGAUUACGCGCUCCCAGACGUGUUGAACAACAGCGUGAACAAGAUUCAAAAUUUACCGCUGAAUUACGCGCUUUCAGACGUGUUGAACAACAGCGUGAACAAGAUUCAAAAUUUACCGCUGAAUUACGCGCUUCCAGACGUGUUAAACAACAACUUGAACAAGAUUCAGAGUCCUGUAUCGAGCUACGUGCUUCCGCAGGAAUCGAAGGACGCGCUAAAGGAUAACUUGCAGAGCUCUCUGUUGAGCUAUCUGCUGCAGUCUCAGUCGAAUCGUGGUUUAUCGUUUCAACAAUCUUCCUCACCGGAAACUCUGAAUUACAUUCCGCUGGGCAACACGUUGGUCGAGAGACCGAAGCUCCAUAUGCCAAAUAUACCGAUCUCGACUUUGUCAACAGUUUCUCGACCGAUCCAGUCCAUAAACUACGUUUCCACGAUGCCCAGAGUACCCACCUUCAUGACUCAAGACACGCAGACGUCUUCUGAUAUCCCUUUAGGUGCGACGCUAGCCUCCGGCCUGCCCCAGAGCAUCUCUGAGACCCAGUCUACGAACGUAUUCAACAGUCUACCUGGCGGGUUCAGCGGCAUAUCUGCGAGCAUACCUGGCAGUCUCUCAUCGGGCGUUUCCACAGGCAUGCCAACUUUGAACUUGGCUCAGAAUUUCCAACAUUUUGGCCAGCUGCGGCCAUUCGAAGCGACAAGAAGUCAGCCGCUCUCGUACUCCACAGGAUUGCAGAUGCAGCUGGGCGGUUUCGGCGGGAUGGAUUAUGCCUUACGGUCGAGUAAUCCUGCCCCACGGCCACUGGAGCUCGGCAUCGCGAAAGUGGGCUUAAGUAUGCCGGAGUUACCGCGACACCAGCUUCUCCAAGGUUGGGCUUAAUCGGUACUCGUGGUAAACGCACGCAAGGACUGCAACACACUUGGCCAUGUACGGAAUAUAUUUAUCAAACUGCCAAAGUUGAACAUAAUCUAGGUUAACGCUACAAAAGAAAAGUGUUUCAUAGUUUUAUAAUUUAGUUGUAGGUGUUAUCUAAUCAUAAGUACACGUAACAUAAUUUACAACGACAUGGAAAUAAAGCGUUGUUUUCAAAAGUGUUGUUACGCCGAAGAAAAUGUCAUUUAACGAACAAAUACUACCGACACACGACGUUUUACCUACGUUAUCGUUGAGUUUGUUCCUUGUCUCGCCGAUUCUUUCAGUCUACAAUGGUCUAACGGCCCGUAUGUUUUUCUUAUUACGAAGAAACUCCGCUGUCGACCUUCUUGCGCGUUACUUUUCCGUGUUUUAUCGCUGCAUCACCUUUUCUUUGCCUGUUAAUGGCCUCACGUGAACGAUCCAGGACGUCUGCGAGAACAAGGGUUCAGUCCCUUACAUAGUCCCGAAGGCGCCCUUUGCUUCGGCGGUAUUCGUAAAAGUCGAUGUGAAACGAUUUCGUUGCAGAUUGGAUUUGGUCGAGGAUUGUAGUUCUCGAA